UAUUGUAUUUAUUAUAAUAUAUUUUCAUUAUUUCGUCUGUAAUAAUCCUUCAAAUCUUCUUCCAUACCAUAUAUAUUGAAUUACUAGUGUAAGCUUGUUGCUUAAAUAUUCCUCCUUACUGUCAAGUUAAUGGUUAAUAAAUUAUGUUGAAUAGUGUAACAUUGCCAGUUAAUUUCUUAAUUUAAAUUUUUUUUUUAAAUUACAGUAUAAUGCAUUUGUUUUUCUAAAUUUCAUAUCAAAUUAUUAUUACUAUUUUUUUUUAUUAUUUCGCGAAGUAAUCUUGAAAAGAUACAUGUUUUAGAAUUUACUUUAAAUUAAACUGAAAUUGUAUCAAAAUUAUUUUCAUCAUAUCAGAGCAUAAUGCUCACGUUUCUAAAUUAUUAUGUUUAUGCUCGUCCAUUCAGCAUUGAUAAUGUGCAUGUGCUUCAGCUUGACUGUCGAUAAAUCGCUUGGUGCUCCAGUCUCAAACUUUGACAGGAAUCUCGUGUCAUAUCCAGAGGCCCCAAGUGAAGUGUUGCCCAUUGAGCCGCUGCUGAUCUAUCCCGAAACGCAGGAGUUCCUCUAUCAGGCGCGCACAGCGGCGGGCGAUGGGGAGCAGGACAUAAUUUACGUCAAGUUGCUCCCGGACAAAUUGGAAGGCUACCGACCCAAGCAACAGCGACACGUGGAGAAGCCGCAGCGGCGCAAAGAGCUGAGCAUUAAGGACAUAUUCUUUGUGAAGGCGCGAGCCAAUGGACAAUUCAGUCACGAGCGCCUGAAGGUCUAUCGACUGCCCGAGUUCUAUGCGAUCACCGUUUUCCGCAACGGCGAGAAGUGAAUAGGGGGAGUGUAGUUCCGAGUGCUGCAUCCUUGUUGCACUUAAGCUUUUAAGUUUUUUAUGUUAUGUAUAUAAGCCGCUAUAAAUAAAUGCCUCUGGAGUUGUUCAAA